AGUUUGUGGUUUUGUGAUUCCUUACUUCAUAAUGUUGUUUUAAGAAUCCAAUAAGAUAACAUAACAAGGAGUCUAGGAUGGUGCCUGUUACAAAAUCAAGUGCUUAACAAAAUUGGAUUUAAAGGCAUUAUUUUAAAAAUCCCAUUUCCCUUAAUUGGCUUUCUUAAACUAGGUGCCAGUGAACAUCCAAGUCUUGACUUGGUUAAAAUCAGUAGAAAAGAUUUUUCUUCCAGCCAACUCGGUUUUUUAGAGCUUGUCUUUGGUGCUAAACUUAGUUCUCCCAGACCACUGAAGCUGCGAUGGUUCAUGAAGUAUUUUUCGGUGAAAUUUUAAGCAACUGUGACUCUGCUCCAAGUUCUCCUGUUCCUGAGGUAAGGAUCUGUGUGGGGAAAAAAAAAUUGAGGGUGGAGGGGAAGAGUGGGGUAUACUGUGAAGCUCUGACUUUUUGGUUUGCUAAUAGGAAUCUCCUCUUAUCCAAAACCCCCUACCGAGCUAUGCACAUGUCUCCAGGUUGUUUCAAUAACUAUUUGGUUAAGCUCAGGUGAAUCUGGCGCUCAAACUGUAGCUUGGUCUGGCUGUAACUAUCCCUCUUGCAAACUUAGCACCGUCAUUCUUUCCUUUUUAAUAAAUGUGUAGGAGCACCACUAAACUAUGGCAACCCUGUCUUGCAGGACUAAAUUUCACUGGUAUCUCAGAGUGCAAUGGUGUGGUGGAAUUCCUCUGGGGUCUGAAGCAGGGUCUGGAGUCUCAGAAAGCCUUGUAAAUGAAGGGUGACACCCAGAUCCCCAGGCAAUGUAUCUUCUGGUCAACAAACAUCUGGACACUUACUGUGUGCUAGGCAUAUUGCCCUAAGGUGGAGAUGCAAAUGUAAUUAGAGACCAGCCUUUCAUCCCCAAGCUCUCACAAGCACUAGUUAGGAAAGGCUGCACAAAAUGAUUAACUGUUCAGAGGAGGUAGGCCCGCUUUUCAUGGGAGAGGAGGGGAGGCUAGUGAAAGGCUUCGCAGGGGAGGUGAUGAUGGGGUUUGCUGUGGUCUGGUUGAAGAGGGAAUGCAUAUGCAGAGGCACAGACCUGGUACAGACACACCCACUGGAAUGAGAAGCGUGGAAAUAGCAUUCACUCCAGCCUCGUCUGGAGUUCUCUAAGGUCUAGCUAAGGAGUUUUGAGAUUUUAUCUGGUGUGAACUGGGGUCGUGACCCAUUGGAAGCUGAUCCAUUAAGGGGCUGUAAAUAAGUCAAGCAAGAGAACAGGCUGAAACUGGGGCAUGAACAGAAUGCUUGCAAAGUAUGCCUGUGCAGAAAGACAGCACAUAGAGGACUCCUGACUAGUACUGAAGUGAGGAUUACUCCCUGCUUUCUGGUUUGGGGAGACCUGACGGAUGGUGGAUAAAUAGUGGUGCCAAUAACCUAGGUAGGAAAGGUAAACUCCUUUCUGGACAGCGCCGUUCAGAACCCUCUGCUGCAACAUCCCAUCUACUGGUGCAUUCCUGAUAGAAGACCGGUUUCCAGAAACCGCCGCAGUUUCCGGCCUCUACCUUCCAAGAGCUCACUAGUUGGCAACCAGCAGCAUCAAGAUGGCGGCCUCCUAAAAACUAGUCAUGUGACCUCGGGUUUUCCCUCGAUGGGACCCGGCAGUCCGUUCGGGGACAAGGUUCACCUGUCGCGAAAUGGGUGUCAACUCUUCCGAAUCUUGCGAGCCAAUUAGCAUCUGAGGCUUGGGCCACUUCGGCUAGGCGGUCGGAAGACUUCCUUUCCCGUCGCCUUGCCAGCGACCAAUCACCGAGCGCUAUACUUCGCAGUCCCGCCCUUAGGCGGGGGAGAAGCAGUAACGUCGUCACAGCUUGGCGUUAUUGUUACCUAAGGACUUGAGAGGAGGUGGGACGUGUGUUGAUUGACAGACCGAUUUCCCCUACCGGGAUUUGAGAAUUUGGCGCAAUUCCCCGCCUUAGAGGGUGGGGUCUUAUUUGAUUGCCAAGUAAUAUUCCCCAAUGGAGCCCUAGCUCGUGGUGACGGGCAGGCUGCUUGACUAAUGAAUCCUCGGCGAAGCCGGCGCAGCUCUCCAAUCGCUGGGCGGCGGGCCCCAGUCUGAGCGGCGAUGGCGGCGGCGGCGGCGGCGGCAGCAGCAGCGGGGGCUGCGGGCGGUCGGGGCUCCGGGCCGGGGCGGCGGCGCCAUCUUGUGCCCGGGGCCGGUGGGGAGGCCGGGGAGGGGGCCCCGGGGGGCGCAGGGGACUACGGGAACGGCUUGGAGUCUGAGGAACUGGAGCCUGAGGAGCUGCUGCUGGAGCCCGAGCCGGAGCCCGAGCCCGAAGAGGAGCCGCCCCGGCCCCGCGCCCCCCCGGGAGCUCCGGGCCCUGGGCCUGGCUCGGGAGCCCCCGGCAACCAGGAGGAGGAGGAGGAGCCGGGACUGGUCGAGGGUGACCCGGGGGACGGCGCCAUUGAGGACCCGGAGCUGGAAGCGAUCAAAGCUCGAGUUAGGGAGAUGGAGGAAGAAGCUGAGAAGCUAAAGGAGCUGCAGAACGAGGUAGAGAAGCAGAUGAAUAUGAGUCCACCUCCGGGCAAUGCUGGCCCAGUGAUCAUGUCCAUUGAGGAGAAGAUGGAGGCUGAUGCCCGUUCCAUCUAUGUUGGCAAUGUGGACUAUGGUGCAACAGCAGAAGAGCUGGAAGCACACUUUCAUGGCUGUGGUUCAGUCAACCGCGUUACUAUACUCUGUGACAAAUUUAGUGGCCAUCCCAAAGGGUUUGCGUAUAUAGAGUUCUCAGACAAAGAGUCAGUGAGGACUUCCCUGGCCUUAGAUGAAUCCUUAUUUAGAGGAAGACAGAUCAAGGUGAUCCCUAAACGAACCAACAGACCAGGCAUCAGCACAACAGACCGAGGUUUCCCACGAGCCCGAUACCGUGCCCGAACCACCAACUACAACAGUUCCCGCUCUCGAUUCUACAGUGGUUUUAACAGCAGGCCCCGGGGUCGCGUCUACAGGGGCCGGGCUAGAGCGACAUCAUGGUAUUCCCCUUACUAAAAAAAAGUGUGUAUUAGGAGGAGAGAGAGGAAAAAAAGAGGAAAGAAGGAAAAAAAAAAAAGAAUUAAAAAAAAAAAAAAAGAAAAACAGAAGAUGACCUUGAUGGAAAAAAAAAAUAUUUUUAAAAAAAAAGAUAUACUGUGGAAGGGGGGAGAAUCCCAUAACUAACUGCUGAGGGGGGACCUGCUUUGGGGAGUAGGGGGAGGCCCGGGGAGUGGGGCAGGGGGCUGCUCACUCACUCUGGGGAUUCGCCAUGGACACGUCUCAAUCGCGCAAGCUGCUCCCCCUGUUUCCCUGUUCCCCUCUGCCCCCUUGGGGGCUGCUCAAGGGUAGGUGGGCAUGGGUGGUAGGAGGGGUUUUUUUACCCAGGGCUCUGGAAGGACACCAAACUGUUCUGCUUGUUACCUUCCCUCCAUCUUCUCCCUAACUUUCACAGUCCCCUCCUGCCUGCUCCUGUCCUGCCAGGUCUACCACCCACCCCACCCCUCUUUUCUGGCUCCCUGCCCCUCCAGAUUGCCUGGUGAUCUAUUUUGUUUCCUUUUGUGUUUCUUUUUCUGUUUUGAGUGUCUUUCUUUGCAGGUUUCUGUAGCCGGAAGAUCUCCGUUCCGCUCCCAGCGGCUCCAGUGUAAAUUCCCCUUCCCCCUGGGGAAAUGCACUACCUUGUUUUGGGGGGUUUUGGGGUGUUUUUUGUUUUUCAGUUUUUUUGUUUUGUUUUUCUUUGCCUUUUUUUUUUCCCUUUUAUUUGGAGGGAAUGGGAGGAAGUGGGAACAGGGAGGUGGGAGGUGGAUUUUGUUUAUUUUUUUAGCUCAUUUCCAGGGGGUGGGAGUUUUUUUUUUAAUAUGUGUCAUGAAUAAAGUUGUUUUUGAAAAUAAAAAAUGUUUGGCCUUU